CAAGGCUCUGUAUAUUAGCUAUAUAAUGUUUCUCCAAACAGAAAAAGAAGUGCAGAGUUCGCCUCGGGAUUGGGAGCAGCUGCCCAUCGCCGUUCCCAAUCCCACCCAAACUGACACCAUCAGAUGCCAGCAUGGUAACUGCAUCAGUUUGGAAAAAUUGGGAGAAGAACGUAAAGGAUCACCACCAACUUGAUUCUUCCUUUCCCUCUUUUUUCCAUUUGAAACCGUCUACAACAUCUCUGACGCCCCUCGACCCCUUGUCUGGCCGAACACCAAUUGGCACUCCAUCCCCCUCUCCCCCCUCACCCCCCUCACCCCCCGGAUCCCCUGCCAGAUCCCCUUCCACUCUCUCCAAGUUCUUCAGCCUCUCUUCCCUCUCCUCUCUCCACAUGUCAUCUCUCUCUUCCUCUUCCUCUUCUUCUUCUUCUUCAGAGGAAGGAUCACAGACCUCCUCCCAUUUUAGUGCUUCCUGUGUUCUCCUGGCUGUCUCAACUCAGUCAUCCUCCUCUGCCACUCCCCCCAGUCCUGCCUGCCCUUCCUCCCCAACCCACGUCUCCUCCCCUGCCCCCCAGUCCUCCUCUCCAAACCCCCUUGACCACCAUGGAGAGACCAACAAAGACAAUGAGACUGCCAGAGAAAUUAUGAGUUCCGAGGUCAAAGAGGUGGGGGCAGUUGUUCCACAGACAAAGAGAAUGGUACCCCAAUUUGCUGGCAUCACAGAGGCCUCCAUUGACCUGAGGGCUUCCUCUGUCUCCUUGGAGAGGCCAUUGGUUAGGUCUCGGGACACCAUGGCCCGCCUCCGCAACCUGUUCAGUAAGAGUAGCACCCAGCUGGGGGAGCAGAGCUGCACAGGCGAGGGUGAAGACAACACCAAGCUCCUCGGGUUGCCUAAUAUUGGCAACACCUGCUUCAUGAACUCUGCUCUGCAGUGCCUGCUGGGGCUGCCAGCAUUUUGCAGAGACAUCCUGAGACAGCAGGACACCUGGAGUUCCUACCCCUCCUCUAAACUGCUAUGCUGCUUUGCCAAGUUACAUCAGGCCAGGCUUUCUGGAGGCACUGUUAAUGCUAAGAAAAAGGAAAAGAAGAAAAUCCUUCAAACAGUCAAGCGCUGUCUUUCCGUUGUCAAUGAGGACUAUGAGGAAGACUAUGAACAGGAUGCCCAUGAAUGUGUGGUGCUCCUCCUCUUUCAGCUGAAGGAGGAGGGUAUGGCAUUAAAGGGCUCACCAGAGCCAUACACCUGCCCCGUGAAGCAGUUAGAAUUCAAGCUGAAGACUUCCCGUACCUGCACCAGCCAUCUGCGUUAGAGUGUGCAUGCAGGGUGUGCUCAGGCAGCAUGGCAUCUGUGACUAGCCACUUCCUCACGAUGCCCCGGGUCCUAAUGCUUCAUAUUAAGCGGUUUACUGCAGGCAACUGGGAGCCAGAGAAGGUGGACGAUCCCAUGUCCAUCCCUGCAGAACUGACCCUCCCAGCCCUAUGUGGGGAGACAGCCCCUGUCCAGCAUGGAGCCAGGGCAAGCUCCCUGGGGAAAAACAACAUGGACAACACAUCUGCAAACUCCCCGAAAGGCACCCUUGAUAAACCAGAGACACCAGCCAGACAAUAUCUACAAAUUGUCAAGUGUGAUCUCACAUCUGGGAGACAACAUGUAUACAGGCCACUACAUCAGUGAUGUUUUGGACAGCCGUGGCAGUGGGUGGCUCUGCCUGGAUGAUGCACGUGUCUUGAGGACAGAUGAGGCCACUGUGCUGAGGGCGAGGGCACAGACUGCCUACAUCCUGUUCUAUGUCUGCAGUGGAGCAGGGGAAGGAGACCAGGCCCCUCAGGACCAGGAGAACCCAUCAUAAAACUCAGGGAGAUGCACAGAGCCCAGGGACCACCUGGAGUAACACCUACCACAAUACCAAGAAACAUCAGAUUCAUCAAAUUAGGCUGCCCUACACCACCAUCAAGCUGCCCUAGACCACCAUCAAGCUGCCAUAGAUCACCAUCAGGCUGCCCUACACCACCAUCAAGCUGCCCUACACCACCAUCAAGCUG